AUUUAAACCAAGUCUUGCAAAACGAGGUUAAAAGCGGGAAAAUCAACAAAUAAUUAAAAUACUCAAAACAACGUGGAAUCUUGUUAAUUAAAUUAUCUUGACACUUGAAAAAGAUAAUAAAGCAUCAUAUAAUAAUAAAGGAAUCAACUGACAUAGCAGUUCAUCAGAGGAAUCAAACAAAUAACAAAUUUUGCUUGAAAUUUCCUUUGUCAACAUUAAAGAAAAUAAUAAUUUUCUUCAAAGAAAAUUGAAAAUUGUGAAAAUCUUUAAAAAUAUUAAAAAAACGUGAGGCAUUUAGUGAAAAUAACAAAGUAUACAGUACGAGGAAGUAGAAGAUAUUGUGCGUUAACCUUGACGCUGAAUUAUUUUAAGAAAAAAAGUGGAAAAUUUUGAGAAAAACCUGAAAUAUUAAUUUAAUUUACCGUCCAUUUCAUUCAUUUUGUGGAUUAUUAUUGCUUCGUUUAAUUAAUAUUGUUUUAAAUAUUAAGAAUAGAAUUUUGGCCAAAAUCAUCACGCAACAUUUCAAUUAAUAAUCAAUACUAUCCGAUAAAAUGCUUUCAUUAACUCUAUUGAUUUCAAGAGCAAUUUCGUCGAUUGGAGGAAAAAUGGUUUCGAAAGGAAUUCAGCCUUUAGUCAUUUGUGGACCGUCUGGAAGUGGGAAAAGCACUUUAUUAAAGCGACUAUUUAAAGAAUUUCCAAAUACUUUUGGAUUUUCUGUAUCGCAUACAACGAGAAAGCCUCGUCAAGGAGAAGAAGAUGGAGUUCAUUACAAUUUUGUUGGCGUUGAAGAAAUGAAAGCUGGUAUCGAGAAAGGUGAAUUUAUAGAAACUGCCGUUUUCAGUGGCAAUAUCUACGGAACAAGCAAAAAAGCUAUUGAAAAAGUUCAAAGUCAUGGAAAAAUUUGUGUUUUGGACAUAGAAAUUGAAGGUGUUAAGCAGGUCAAAAACUCUCACCUUAAUGCAAUUUUUAUCUUUGUGGAACCACCAUCAAUUGAGGAACUUGAGAGACGAUUAAGGGCUAGAAAUACAGAAACGGAAGAGAGCCUUGAAAAACGUUUAAAUACAGCAAGAACCGAGCUUAAAUAUGGAUUGGCACCAGGAAAUUUUGAUUUAGUCGUCCAUAACAAUAAUCUCAAAGAAGCUUACCAUAAAUUACGGGAUUACGUCUUGUGUCAAAUCGAAAGACAAGUAGCGCAAGGCUUUAAAAUUUCCAUCGACCGAACCCCACUAAGUGACAGCGAUUUCCUUCAUGUCUAAUCAGUUAUUAAUGUAAAACCAUUUUUAAUAUUUUUUUAUGUAUUUGACACUUGCAAGAAAGUUUACAACGAACCUGAAUUUUUUAAUUAAACUAUACUAAUCCUGUAUCUACCCCAAUAACUAAUUGCCAAAUCGUUAGAUUCUAAACCUCCUUUUAUAUAAAGCUACCGUUAAGUGUAUGUCCUGUUAUCCACUAGAAAAAUUUUCAUAUCGAUUUUACGCUUUAAUGACGUUCGCAUGAUGCAUUCCGUUGACGUGUUCGGGAAACGAGUAGGAAGAAUUUUAUAGAGACAAGUAAUGUUAUUGUUCAUGUUAUGAUGUUUGUGUAAAAUUAGAUGAAAUUUACAAUAAUAAAUGAAUUUAACG